UUUACUGCAUAUCUCGCUAUUUUAAUGUAAUAUACGUAUUGUAAGAUAGACUGUAGUGAGAGCCGCACAAAUGAGCCGUGUAUUGUGUCGGAGAGUGUUGUCCCUGCGGUUGAUAAGAGUGCCAAUGGCUCGUAACGCGUCCUCCUAUCUCAUCGACGACCCCAAAUACUCCUUCCUAAAGGAGCUGGGACUGCAAGAGAAGAAUGUAGGAGUGUUCAAUGGAAAAUGGCAGGCCAAUGGCCAGAUCAUCAAGUCAUUCAGCCCGGCUAACGGUAAGAUCAUAGCCGAGGUGCAGGCCGCCAGCGCCUCUGAUUACGAGGCCUGUGCUGCAGCAGCUCAGGACGCAUGGCACACGUGGGCGGAGCUCCCCGCACCGGCCAGGGGCGAAGUCGUCAGACAGAUUGGAGACGCCCUCAGGGAGAAACUGCAGCCUCUUGGACAACUCGUGUCUUUGGAAAUGGGAAAAAUCCUCCCCGAGGCUAUUGGUGAAGUCGUAGAAUACAUUCACGUUUGCGACUUGGCAUUAGGCCUGUCUCGUACUCUGCCCGGCACCAUCUUCCCCUCGGAGCGACCUGGACAUGUGCUCAUUGAGAAGUGGAACCCUCUCGGAGCUGUGGGAAUCAUCACUGCCUUUAACUUCCCUGUAGCUGUGUUUGGAUGGAACAGCGCUAUUGCUAUGGUAUGCGGAGACGUCAGCGUAUGGAAGCCAUCGGAAACCACCCCCCUGAUCGCUGUAGCGGUCACGAAGAUCGUAGAAGGCGUACUGGAGAAGAACAACAUUCCCGGCGCUGUUGCCGCUCUGUGCGUCGGCGGGAAAGACAUCGGAGAGAAGAUUGUUAAAGAUGACAGGAUGAAGCUCGUCUCCUUUACUGGUAGCACAGCUGUUGGACAACAGGUGGGAGUAGAAGUACAAAGACGUUUCGGGCGCCACCUGCUGGAGCUGGGCGGCAACAACGCCAUCAUAGUGAACGAAGACGCUAACCUGGACCUUCUGCUCAACGCGGCCCUAUUCGCGUGCGCAGGUACCGCGGGACAGAGGUGCACUACUACCAGGAGACUGCUUAUUCACAAAAAGGUCUACAGCCAAGUCGUAGCUCGCUUAACUAAAGCCUUCGCUGGAGUGGUCAGCAAGAUCGGAGACCCGCUCCUGUCCGAGACCCUUAUUGGACCUCUGCAUACGCCCGCCGCCGUUGAAGCUUACAAGAAGACUGUUGCUGAAGUCGUUAAACAAGGAGGCAAGAUCGAAUUUGGAGGAAAGGUAAUGGAACGCGAAGGAUUCUUCGUGGAGCCCACGAUCGUCACAGGACUUCCCCACGACUCCCCAUUGGUGAAGACCGAGUGUUUCGCCCCUAUCGUCUACUGCAUUGAAAUCCCGGACCUCGAGACCGGCAUCAAGUACAACAACGAAGUAGAACAGGGCUUGUCUUCCAGUCUCUUCACUGAAAACCUUGGAAAUGUCUUCAAGUGGAUCGGCCCCCACGGUUCAGACUGCGGUAUCGUAAACGUGAACAUCCCCACCAACGGCGCAGAGGUAGGCGGCGCCUUCGGAGGCGAGAAGGCGACGGGAGGCGGUCGCGAGUGUGGCUCCGACUCCUGGAAGAACUACAUGCGCCGCUCAACCGUCACCAUCAACUACUCCGGAACCAUUAAACUGGCACAAAACAUCAAGUUUGGAGACGAAUAAACGUCAAAACUUUGGCGUAUGGCAACACCAGCCACCACAGAUAAAAAAACAAAUAUGGCGGUUGUCAACUGUAGCUGUCACAUAAUAAAAACUAUUUUCUUUAUGGAGUCAUAAUAUCAAAGUAUGUUUUUAAGUUCUUUUUACACAGUAUUUUUAAUAUUUUUUGAAGUGUUUUGAUGUAUUCCACUAAUGUUAUGUAACAGCUUUGUAUAAUAUGAUAAGUCUUUCUAUAAUAGUGUAUAAGACUGAGGAGUUUAUAAAUAAAAUAAAUAUUUAAAAAUCA